AUGUCUUCAAUUCAUUCGAAUAACACGUCUAACUCGUUACUGAUUCCUUCGAUAACAGCUAAUCAUCAUUUAUUUGAUGCUGAUCCUCGUCGUUUGUCAAUAACCAAUACAGCUAAUACGACUAGUACUGGUGUUGCUAUACAUCAGCGUCGAACAUCGAUCAUCAAUUAUUAUCAACGCCGAAAUUCUCAAUUACGUAAAUCGAGUUUUACUACUUCAACACUGUCAUUGGCAGUUACCGAUGAGGAAACAGCAGAUUUAUCAGCAACACGUUUAUCUAUAUCAAAUUCUUUAACAAGCGUUCAUAAACAAUGUGAAGAUGAUGAUAACGAAGAAUCAAACAAAUUAUUAGAUAUUGGGCGUGUUGCUUUAUGGGCUGUUGGUUUUGAAAAAUUGCUCAAUGAUGAAAUGGGCUUACAUGUAUUUACCGAAUUUCUAAAAAAAGAAUUUAGUCAAGAAAAUAUUCAAUUUUGGAUUGAAUGUGAAAAAUUGAAAAAAUUGUCAGAUCCAGACGAAAUUCGCCAAAAAGCUAGUUCUAUUUGGUCAACAUACUUACAGGAUACAGAUGAUGGUUCAUGUCGAAUUAAUAUUGAUAGUCGAACACGACAUGAAUGUCAACAGUCGUUAUUAAAUAAACCGCAUGCUAAUAUAUUUGAAAAGGCUCAAUCUCAGAUAUUUCAAUUAAUGAAACUUGAUUCAUAUACGAGAUUUCUAAAAUCAAAUAUGUAUAAAGAGUGUAUUAUGAGUGAAAUGGAAGGAAAAUCAAUACCAUAUACAGCCAAAUCGCAGCAAUCAUCAGUCAAUAAUGAAGAACGUCCAAAAAUAAUUGAUUCUCUUGCUAAAUUGAAGGAAGAAGAUAAAAAGGAUAAAAAACGCAGUCCACUUUUACCUUGGACGAAAGCAUUAAUUAAAUGGAAACGCCUAUCAGUGAAACGUGAUACACCCUCAUCAUCAUCGUCUAAUUUUCAUCAUCAUCAAAGUAUAAAUGCUAGUACAAACACAGUAUCAUAUGAAAAUUAUAGUUCACUAUUAACAAGUAAAUCCACAUCGGCAGAAUUAACACCAUUAUCAAAUACAUAUAAGAUAUCAGCUGUAUUAUCAUCACUAUCACCAAUUUACCUUCACAGUCCAACAUCAUCCCCAUUGACAACAGUCGGAAAUGUACAUAAAAUCAAUAAAUAUUCUUCUAAUAUUAAUCAACAAGAUUCAUCAUUGUUUAAUGUUGCUUCACGUGUCGAUACACAUCAAGAUUGUAUAGAAAAAAAAUUAAUAACUGAAAAUCCUCUAAUAUCAUCGACAGAUUCAUCUCGCUUUUGUCGUUUCAUAUUUCCGGAUUCCACAUCAGCAGUUAUUUUGGCAUAUAAUUCUACUAAUCCCAUUCAAAAAGCGAUUAGUCGUUUGUUUGCUAAACGUGGGCUUACAUGGUAUCGAACUGAAUUAUAUUCUGUUGACCAGCAACCAAUAGAUAUUCAAGAGUCUUUAUCAACAUACAAUGGACAAGAAAUUCAUGUUGAAAUUCGUGUAUUAAUUCGUAUUGAUUUUCCAACAAAAACUUUAUGCGUACGUUGUAAUCCAAAACGAACACUUUUACAAAUUUUACAACCUAUUGUUGAAAAAUUAAAUUAUUCCAUUGAACAAUUUGUUUUUUAUUGUAAUAAUUCAUUAAUACCACUGAAUUUAAAUGAAAUAGCUGGAUGCUAUGAUAAUCAAAGAAUAUUUACUUUAACAAAAACAGCAUCCGGUGUUGAUACAUCUUGUAAACAAAAGAUAAAAACGCCAAUCGAUAUCUUUGAAAUGAUAUCAGAAAAUGAUGAAGAUAUCAAAUUUGAUGAAUGUGGAAUACUUCAAGUUGUUACACAUUCAAAGUCAACAGCUGUUGAUGAUUAUCUUUUUUUUUCAACACUUGAAAUAUCUCCAACGGUAUCUGAAAACGAUCAAAUCUAUUGUGGCCCUAAACGGUGA